UGUUUCACACUAAACCUUGAACUAAGAAAACAUAGCCGCUCGUACUUCGAGACAAAACACACUACUCUCCACUCUCUCUCUCUUUCUCACUCUUCACUUUCCCUUUUAAUCAGGAAAAAGCUCUGUUUUUACUUCUCCUUUCUGUGUUCUUCUUCCACAUUACCUUAAAAUCUUCGUUUACCUGAAGUUUUCUUGUAAACAAGCAGUCUAAUCCAAGUUCAAGGGUUCUCCCAGCUUCAGUGGAAGGUUGAAGUUAUGAGCUUUACAAGAAGACAUGUGUUCUUUGUUCUCUCUGUUUUAGCUUUGACAAUGCCGUUCUCAGCUGGAGUCACCAAUCCACGAGAUGUUUCGGCGAUUAAUAAUUUAUUUAUUACUUUGGGAGCACCAUCUCUAUCACACUGGCAUGCUUUUGGAGGAGACCCUUGUGGAGAAAAGUGGCAAGGUGUGGUCUGUGAUUCCUCAAACAUCACAGAAAUAAAGAUAAGUGGCAUGAAGGUGGGUGGAGGUUUAAGUGAUACUUUAGCUGAUUUUUCAUCAGUCCAAGUGAUGGACUUCAGUAACAAUCAUAUCUCAGGGACAAUUCCACAGGCUUUGCCUUCAACUAUCCGAAACCUAUCUCUCUCUAGCAAUCGUUUCACUGGGAACAUUCCCUUUACAUUGUCCUUUCUAUCCGACUUGUCAGAACUGUCGUUAGGAAACAAUCUUCUAUCAGGAGAGAUACCUGAUUACUUUCAGCAGUUAUCAAAGCUGACAAAACUGGACUUAUCUUCCAACGUACUAGAGGGGCGUUUACCUCCCUCCAUGGGAGACUUAGCGGCUCUCAAGAUACUGUACCUGCAGGACAACAAGCUCAUUGGAACACUUGAUGUUAUAGAGGAUCUGUUCUUAACCGAUUUGAAUGUAGCAAACAACUUAUUCUCAGGACCUAUACCCCCAAAUCUAUUAAAAGUUCCUCAUUUCAAAAAAGAUGGAACUCCAUUCAAUACAACAAUUAUAACACCGCCUCCACCUGCAGUUGAUCCUCCUCCUCCCACUACUCACCAUUCUCCUCCUCCUGUUACUCAUAUCCCUCCUGGUUCCACUGUUCCCCCUGCUCCGUUUUCUCCGUCUGCUCCUUUUGCUCCACUCCGACCACAAACACCACCAUCACCACCUUUGGUUUGGUCACCACCUUCUGAUAAUGGAGGAGGAGGAGAUCCCUGGAACUCUGUGUCAGGUCAACCUACCUUGCAAAUAUCACCUCCUUCAGGUUCAGGGUCAGGAAAGUUCUGGUCCACGCAGAGAAUCAUUCUAGUGAUCUCCUCAGUAGCCAUAAUAGUUCUUGUCUCCGGGCUAUGUGUCACACUUUGGAGAUGUUUCAGAAGCAAGAAACAUAACCGUUAUGGCGCUGUUCAACGACCAUACUUUACUAAACCUCCAUCUCAACCAGCCCCCAUUAUGAGAAAAGUUUCUAGGGAGCCUAUGGUUAAGCCAUACGAUGGAUAUGGAGCUGGAGACAGAUUAUACGGCUAUCCUACGCCACCAAGGGCUGAAGAGAGCCGGAGAGCAAUGCCUCCUACUUCAUAUUACAAUGUUAAUAAUAAUAUCCCACAAAAACCGCUGCAACAACCACCGAGGCAUUACCAGUCCAAUGAUGCUACUUCCAAGAGAGCAGCUCAUUUCCCUCCAGGCUUGAAUACUUCAUCUUCCGCUACAGUUUUCACAGUUUCUUCACUUCAGCAAUACACAAACAGUUUCUCAGAGGAGCAUAUAAUCGGUGAAGGGUCCCUUGGUAAUCUUUACAAAGCCGUGUUUCCUCAUGGGAAGUUUCUUGCGGUGAGGAAGCUGAGCAAUACAAUAAACAGAACGCAGAGUGACGGUGACUUCCUCAACCUAGUCUCAAAUGUUUUGAAGCUUAAACGUGGGAACAUACUGGAGUUUCUUGGUUACUGUAAUGAGUAUGGUCAAAGGCUGCUUGUGUAUGAGUACUGUCCUAAUGGAUCACUACAAGACGCACUGCAUUUGGAUCGUAAAUUAAACAAGAAACUCACUUGGAAUGUGCGUAUGAAUAUCGCUUUAGGAGCUGCCAAGGCACUGCAGUUUCUUCACGAGGUAUGCCAACCGCCUGUUGUACACCAGAACUUCAAGUCAUCCAAGGUUUUACUUGAUGGAAAGCUCUCAGUACGUGUUGCAGACAGUGGUUUGGCUUAUAUGUUACCACCACGUCCAACGAGUCAGAUGGCGGGUUAUGCAGCACCUGAGAUUGAGUAUGGAAGCUAUACUUGUCGGAGCGAUGUAUAUAGCCUUGGUGUUGUGAUGUUAGAACUGCUAACUGGAAGCAGACCAUUUGACAGGUCAAGGAGGGGAAAUCAGACGCUAGCUCAAUGGGCUAUACCACGGCUUCAUGACAUAGAUGCGUUGACAAGAAUGGUUGAUCCAUCGUUACAUGGAGGAUAUUCAGUGAAAUCAUUGUCACGUUUUGCAGAUAUCAUAUCACGUUCUCUCCAGAUGGAACCAGGAUUCAGGCCGCCUGUAUCAGAAAUUGUCCAAGAUCUUCAACGUAUGAUCUAAGAUAUCUACAGCCUUUAAGACUAAGACGCAGAAAUAUAUAUUUUAUUGGGCAUCAAUCAACACAUACUUUUGGUGAAUGUAACAUAUGAUGUAACAUAAUUCUUGUUUUGGUUAUAUGUCAAACAUGUCUUAAUUUCUGAAAUAAUUGAUGUGUUUUUUUUUUUGUAAUUUAUGACACGAA